GGCAGCCACGGAGGAAAAGGACGCACAUAUAAAUAAAUAAAUGAAACCUACCUCUCAGAGAGAACAGGAAGUAUCGCGAGGUUUCUUUUUUUUUUUUUUGUUUCUGUUGGGGAUUUUUUUUUUGCAGAGCGUGCGCAUGCGCGGUUCAUGAAAAGUCUGCCGGGAGUUAAGUCUAUCCAAAAUGGCUGCCGCGAUGGAUGUUGACACACCAAGCGGGACCAACAGCAAUGCCGGCAAAAAGCGUUUCGAAGUGAAAAAGUGGAAUGCAGUUGCACUCUGGGCUUGGGACAUCGUGGUUGAUAAUUGUGCCAUUUGCAGAAACCACAUUAUGGAUCUGUGCAUAGAAUGUCAAGCUAACCAAGCAUCAGCUACCUCUGAAGAAUGCACUGUUGCGUGGGGUGUCUGUAAUCACGCUUUUCAUUUUCAUUGUAUUUCUCGCUGGCUUAAGACUCGGCAGGUUUGCCCCUUGGACAAUCGAGAAUGGGAAUUCCAGAAGUAUGGACACUAGCAAGACAGAAGAUUAGCAAGUUUGCUCUGUACUAAGUUUAUUCCACAUCCAGGUUUUCCUUUCACCUUUCCCAUGGAUUGUUCCUGUGACUUGUUUCUUUCACUAUGAUAUAAUUCUGUGAAUAAUAAUAAAUCCUGAUGACUGUC